GACGCGUUAAAUAUUUUGAUCAAAUAACGUAGAAGAAUUGUAUCAUUUUAAACUAUUAUAAAUAUUUUGUAAAUUAUCGAUAGACAAGGGGGCAUUUUUACAUUCAUACACUUUGAAUCAAAAUGGCGUUUGCGCAGUCAGCACAAAAGGCACAAAUUCCAAUCGGAUGCCAGUUUUGUGACAGUGGAACUAAAAUUGAAUGGAAAUGUGUUUUCUGUUCAUUAUUACUGUGCAGUGAAUGUAAAGAUAUUCAUCUGAAAGCUACAAAUUCAAGCGAUCAUAAAAUUGUAGACAUAAAGGAAGUGAGACCGAAAGAUGAAUCAAAGGGACUCGUGAGCUUUAGCGAAAUUAACUGUCCAGAACAUUACAACCAGCUCUGCGUGUUAUACUGUAAACGUUGUGACCAACCCAUCUGUAUUAAGUGCGUUACCAAAACUCACAAAGGUCAUAAUUUAAUUGAUGAGGAUGAAUACAACGAUGAACUUAACGAAAAAAUUUAUAAAAUGAAGUUGAAUGAAAGUAUGCCGACCAAUCCACAUUUGCCUAGGGUCGUUUCAGGGAAAGCAAAUCCACAGAAAUAUGAUACAAAGAUCUAUGAAUUAGGCGAGCAAAAACCGACCAUUAAAGUAACUAGGAAAUAUACCACUGAUUUUAGGCAAAUUUACGCAAUGGUUUCAUGUUCGUAUGAUUCAUUGUGGAUUUCAGACUUGUUACAAAAUGUUAUGAAGAAUGUGAAACUGAAAAAGGACAAUAUUCAGAUCAUAACUGAGUUCAAUAUUCCGGUGUACGACAUGACUACUAAUUCAAAUAAUAAUCUACUUGUAUCAGUAAGUGAUGAAUCAAGGCUUAAGAUUUUGACGAAAGGAUCAGGGCAAAUAUCACGAUCUAAAUACAAUGUAGAACCAUUGUGUACAUGGGGUAUACAUGUAACUAUGAAUCAAAAAAUAAUUAUUGGAGCAAAAACGCCAAGAUCAGGAUAUCGUACAGGAAGUCGGUUAGUGAUAGUAAUGGAUGAGACAGGAAAUAAUUUACAGAAAUAUGAACAUGACAAAAACAACAAACUAUUAUUUACACUACCGUAUAGGAUAACCAGUACCAGUAAUGGUAACAUCUGGGUGGUAGAUGUGUUUGAUGAAGAUGGCAGUGGUAGAGUGGUAGUGCUGGGGCAGACAGGAAACAUUAUACGCAUAUAUAAUGGUAAUCCUGAUGUUAACUCUAAAGAAAGACCAUUUAAUCCUACAUGCAUACUAACUACACCAGCGGAUAAUAUUAUUGUGGCUGACUGUUUAAAUCAUGCAUUGCAUAUACUGAACAGUGAGGGAACUUUUGUUUUAUACAUUAGGACUGAUGAUGAAGGAAUAAGAUUACCCCAUGCUCUUGCUCUGUCUGGACAAGGACAUUUUUAUAUUGGUUGUAGUACUCCAAAGAGAAGUCCUUAUUCUGUUAAAGCUAACCUGUAUCAAGUAAAAUACUCAGGAUUUUAAGAAAUAAAAGACGUGAGCUUA